UUAAGAAAUUUUAUUUGUCAAUAAAAUCUAAAGAAAAAAAUGAUCAGUACAUUGAUCGUUGUCUUGUGUUUAAUAAUUGGCGGUGUUAGUCAUGUAAUUUAUGGUAUUCAAAAUACACUCAAAGAAGAUCUAGAGCUGGAAAAACAACUGAGGCUCAUCAACAAACCUCCUGUCAAGAGUAUUUAUACAGAGUUUGGGGAUAUUGUUGAUUGUAUUGAUAUAAACAAGCAACCAGCGUUUGACCAUCCUUUACUAAAACAUCAUAAGUUGCAGAGAAAACCCAGCUUUGAAAAAACAAAUGCGAAGACUUCACCAACUAGAUCCAUAUUUGGGCUUGAUAAGAACAUAUGUCCGUCAGGGACAGUGCCUAUUCGGAGAACCACAAAAGAUGAUCUAAUUCGAGAAAAAUCAUUAUUAAAUGAUGAUAUCAUGACUCAAAAAGCUCCUGGUAUUCAUCUAGCAGAAGUAUCUCUUAAAUCGCGUUAUGGUCCUUAUUAUGGAGUCAGUGGAAGAAAUAGCAUUUAUAAUCCAAGACUUAAUAGGACAGAUCAAAUCUCCCUUUCAAAUUUAUGGGUUCAAAACGGAGAAGGAGAUGCUGGUAACAAAAUCUCAUUUGGUUGGCAUGUACAUCCAUAUUUAUAUGGUGAUGAUGCAACCUAUUUUUACUCGACAUGGACGUCAGAUAAUUACAAGAGGACAGGGUGUUACAAUAUUCGAUGUCCGGGCUUUGUUCAAACUAGCAAAGGAAAUUAUCUUGGUGCAAGUAUAAGCAAUACAUCUAUAUAUGGUGGAAUUAUGGUUGUGGCGGACCUUUCUAUUUUUCAGGACCUGGUGACCAAAAACUGGUGGUUACAAGUGGAUGGUAAAAAUUUUGGAUAUUUUCCGGCAGCAUUGUUCUCCAACUUGGCCUCUGCCGAUCAGGUGGGGGGGGGUGGGAGAACAAGAACUCCUCCUGGUACUCCUAGUCCUCCCAUGGGAUCCGGACAUUUUCCUGAUAAUAUCAUUGUUCAUGCAUGUUAUUUUAGCUUUGUCUCAUUUCGAGAUGCAUCAGGAAAAAAUCAUGGGCCUGAAGUAAAUCAAGUAAAAUCAUUCACUGACAACUCUCAUUGUUAUGGUGUUAAAUACUAUGGAUAUAUACCAAAACGGAAUAUUGGAUAUUUUCUCCAAUUUGGAGGACCUGGAGGCAAUUGUGGUGAUUAAUUUGUUUUUCAAUGUAAUUAUAUGAAGUUAAAAAAUAAAUAUUAUUACUAUCA